GUUUGAAAUAAGAAUUUCUUCCCCACCAGUCCCAGUUCAGCCAGUCCAGUGCAUCAGCAAAUAGAAAGAUCAUCAUUCUUUCAGGCUCUUGAAUUCGCUACUGGAUGUUCAUCCUGGGCUUAAAUCAAUCCCCGAAAAAGGGAAUCCACAGGAAAAUCCCUGCUAAUUUACAGCUCCUCCACCAAAAAGAUUAAACGGAAAUCCGUCCUCUUAAAUAAUCACCUCCUUUCGAAGGGGUGGUUGUUUCUUUUUCUUAAUUGUCAAACUGGCGAACUUCAUCAUGAAAUGGUUUCGAAGAAAGAAGAAGUCAUCAAAGGAACUCUCAGAUAAACCAACACUCGUACGAAGCUAUACAAAUCGAGCAGACCGAGGCAGAUAUGCAGGGCCUUAUGCAACCCCGCGUGGAUCAAGCAUAACCAAGCUUCCCGAUAAACUUCUCGAACGUAUCUUCAUCCUCGUAUGUCCUCAUUCUCAAGACGAAACGUAUGAGACGUGCGAACAAUCUUCUCUCGAUGAUUGUUGCCCAUUAUGCGAUACCAGAGAUUUGGCACAUUGCGCCCAAGUUUCGAGGAGAUGGAGGAAUACGGCUGUUCGGGUUUUGUUAGUAUCCAACAUUUAGUGCAAAGCGUUCAAUUGAGCUAACCAAUCAUUGCGCAGAUAUCAUAGUGUUCGGAUUGAUGCUGUCCAUUUCUGUGAACUCGAAGAGAUAUUAUCGGAAAAGAGAAAACAUAAAGGUCGAUUCAAUCGCAAUGCGGAACCAGAGGAAACUCCCACUGUGAGAUUGCAACUUCUUUGCAGAACGAUUCGCGAUAAUAGAUUAUUGGGGGAGUUGAUCGAAUUUCUCAAAACGCCAUACAUGACAAGAGGAGCCUGUAAAGCCGAUCUUGCGCGGAGUGUUUCGGUUUGUCCCAACAUGCGAUAUCUUGAUCUUCCCGAUGGUUUAUUCGCCGAUGAUCCUUCCUGCCACGCACUCAAACUCGAAAUUCAAGCGCGAUGUCCAGAUCUGCGAAAGAUGACGUAUAUGACAGGCUCUGAGAGAAGUCUUGAACAAUUGGCAACGGCUCAGAUUUGGAGAAAUUUGGAGGUAUUGGAAUUCACAAGACUUAAUAUGGAUCCUACAGUCAUUCGCCGUGCUUUGGGGACGUUGACUGGGCUACGUGCUCUGAAAGUUACUGACACGAAGACUUUUAAUGAUGAGGUUUUUCAGCACAGUGACUAUCUACCACCAUUUCCAGCUUUCACCGAAUUGGUUUUCGAAAACACCCCUAAUGUCACUGCCGACGGCUUGGAGGCAUACCUAUUCCGAACAGACACCCAACAGAGACUCGCCAGUCUUUCAUUGACAGAAACAGGUAUCCAUCCUCCGACCUUGCAUAGGAUUGUAGACAACGCUCCCGUAUUGACAUUUUUAUCAAUUGUUGAAUCGGUCCAGGCAUCCUUCCCAGCUCUUCAAAAUAUCCCACCACUUACCUCGAUUUCUCUGCACACUUUGCACUACGAAAUCACAUCAUCAUCCUCAAAUGCCCCCAAGAGCAUUGUACAAAGCCAUUACUCAUAUCUUACCACCUCCCUAAUUUCCAAUCGACUUCCUGCGCUUCGAGCCCUUUACGUCCGUGACUCCGAUUUCCCAGAGUCUCUGAUUGACCUCGCACCUCCAGCCCCGGCAUAUGCUUCCGAUCCAGAUAAUUUUGUACCACCUAAUCCCUUCGAUCGUAACUCUAUUGCCUCUUUUGCACAGCCUAAUAACAACAGAUUUAGCUCCAACAAUCCUUUUGCAGCUCAGGCCAACAUGGCCCCAAUGGUGCCGACUGGAAUGGGACUCAAACAGGAACUGGAGGUUUACAGUAAGGGUCUCGAUGAAAUGGAAUGGAAUUUCGCCAAAGUUCAACCACCAUCCGCACCUGGUAGAAGAGGUUCUGCAACAACAGCAAGGCCGAUAAGUGGCUUUGGGCUCGGUGAUAGUAUGGGUAAAUCAUGGGCUCCAGGUCAUGGCGCAAGAAGAAGUGUCAUUGUUGGAAAUGGAUUCGGUGGUUUCCUCGCCGUGCCUGCGGAUGAAGCUCCCAGACCCAGCAGCUCAGCUGGUGAAAAGAAGAUACAUUCCAGGAAAAAUAGCAGUCAGGAUUUAUGGCGGUGAUUGUGCAGACAUAUCGUUGGACCGAUUUCAAUUUGAUGCUUUACCUUUUGGGUCAUUUCUAUGAAUCUUAUCUGGAUUUUUGUUCAAUUAUGGAAAAUUCCGGUCCGGUGGUACAUUUUCCUUUGGUUCUUUUUUCAAGUGAGUGCGAAUUUCACAAACAUCUUCACGUUAUGAGGAUGUAUGGAGAACACCAGGACAUAUUCGUGAAUAUUACUUUACUGCUUUACCUUGCGUGCUUGGAGCGUUUGUGUUUAAUACCCCGAGGGCACUUAUGGUUUAUGAAUUGAGAACGGGGUAUAAGAAUAAGAAUGGAUAGUAGGACGGUUGAUAGUUGGUUUUUGGAUGUUUAGGGGAUGGGACGGGAUGGUUGGUGCAGAUGAUAGGAUCUCACAGGAUAGUAGAUAGCGAAAUAUAAAAAUGAUUUCUACUAUAGCCAAUAGUAACUACCAUAUCCAAUGGGUAGCACUAUUAGUACUAGUAGUACUAGGAAGAUGAAGUUAACAUAUUCCGAAAUUGGCAAGGAAUCCUUCCACUUUAUCACUCGUUUUUACAUCCUUUCAUCUUG